AUGUAUUGCCCUCAUUGUGGCAAAAAGGUCCCUGAAGACCUCGAACGGCCUAACUUUUGCUGUGGUUGUGGUAAGGGGCUUCACGAGAUGCUUGGUGUUGAACCCACCAACGGACAGCCUUCAGUAUCACAGAAUCCUCAAUCCUCAAAUCCAACCCCAUUGAUGAAAACCUUUCUGGAAUACAAGCAGAAAAAGGCAGAGGAAAGGCAAAAAUUUUGCUUUGGCAAAAUUGGGAUGAAAAAAAAGGAAAAGAGGAAUGUUCAGAUCAAUCUUGGCUUGAUGACUGCUCAGAAAUGUGGUCUGAAGCCACUACGUGGGAAAACACUUUCCUUGACAACAGACCCUGACAGCACUGCUCAAAGUCUUCUUCAUCAGGCUGUGAAAAAAAUGAGGGACUUCAACAAAGAUUUGGAUGAAGGACCCUUCAUCCUUCUUUAUCCGGAUGGAUCUGAAGUCAUCAAUACCCCUGGGACACAAAGACCUUUUAUUCUAAAAGAAUACAAGGCAGAACUAGGCAAAACAUACCAACGAAUCACCAUUUUCAUAUGUUCUAAGAAGGACUUUGAAGAAGUUGGAGAAGUGGCAGACAUUUCUGACUCCGACUCUGAGAUUUUCAUAAACAGACCCACAGAUGUUGAUCUAUCUGACACACUGCCAUUCAAACCUCGGCAUGAAAGCAGCCCUAUACCAAAAGUUCCAGAAACGGGGGACACAGGUAUAUCUGCAGCCAUGGUCAUUGCGGAAUUAGCAGAUGCCAUUGACCACAAAACUGUCAGCAGAUUCAAUAUCACACGCUCAAAUGUUUGGGAUGGAGCAUUCAGAGGAUUCAAACGCUCAAGCUUCUCCGAAAAAUCGGAUUUACUUGUGAAGUUCAGUGAUGAUGCAGGCUCCUUUGAGGAAGGAAUAGACACUGGAGGUCCAAAACGAGAAUUUCUGACACUUCUAAUGAGCCAGUUGCAGUCUCGACCCAUUUUUCAAGGACCCCCGGAGAGUCGGUACUUGGUGUACAAUGCUACAGCAAUCAGAGAGGAUGAGUAUUUCUUGGCAGGGAAAAUGAUAGCUGUGUCCGUAGUUCAUGGAGGACCAGGCCCACAUUUUCUCUCUAAGGACCUGGUGAACCAUAUUGUUGGACAACCUGGUUUCUGUGCUAAUGUGAAGGAUGUGACAGAUGAUGAGAUAGGGAGAGCUCUUAAUGAGAUUGAGCUGGCAGAUUCUUUGGUGUCUCUGCAAGACGUAUUACUGAAGCACAGCUCCUUGCUUCAAACUGCUGGAUGCUUCAGGCAUGUCAACUCUGUGGAAGACAGACACGCAGUUGUGUCAGAAUACCUUAAAUGGUACAUCAUUGACAGAAAUUACAGCGCAAUUGAAAGAUUCAAACAAGGACUAGCCAGCCUUCACUUUCUUGAUGCCCUUUGCCAACAUCCCAGUGUACUGGCUCCAGUGCUGUGUCACAUGGACAAGAGGCUGACUGCUACAGAACUUGAAGAACUCUUUAGGCCACAGCUCAGUCUAGCAGGAAGCAGCAGGAGGACAACAGAAAACUUGGCACUCAGUUUCUGGGGAGACUAUAUUAUGGACUGUGAAGGUUUGUGA